GGGUGGCCAUGCCUGUGCCUUGUUUCUGGGUGCACGGAGGUUCAUACCAUGUGGUAUUUGAACGAAUACAACGAAGAUCGAUCCGGCCUUAUUCAAAUGGGCAUAGAGAUGUUGGCAGUUAUUACGGACUGCGGGUUAAGCGAGAUCCCUUCUGUCUGUCCAAUCCCAGCAGACUUGGACCAGCUGUUUCUAUGGCACAGCAAAGACUGGCCAAGCAUGGCACAUGGUAUACUGAGUGUCUGCUAUGAUAAUUGCACCCCAAUUAAAGAAAGAGUGCAAAGUCAGGCGAGAACAGAUGGCGUUCCACAGGCAGAGGGCUGGGCCAAGUGCCCUUUCCCAGCGUGCCAUCGCAUCGAGAAGCCUGGAAACAAUACCGAGAAAUCUGGCGAUAGCCGCAAGCUGGACUUGCGGCCAGCCAAUGUUCUUCGGUUAUAUCUACAAUAUUUAUCCCAUCUCGUUCAAACGAGCCCCACCAUGCCUUUGUCGUCCCGUUUCGCGUUCGAAGAUGCAGCCCUGAGAGCUCAGAGUUCCCCGUAUUUAAUCGGCUAUGACCCACAUGCACACAUAUACUGAGGAAAGGCCUUGCUUGGCCUUGGCUUUGCACAUACUACAUGACCAGGGGCGUGAUGGAAAUUGCCUGAUGCCUAGUGUAUGCACUUGGCCUCGUCGACCUAAGACAACCGCUUGUCACUACUCUUCCAGCCCAGAACUGAGACUGCAGUACGCGCUGGUAGAUUGUGUGCUGUGCUGUGCUGCAUCAAGAAUUUUCGAAGACAUUAUCAUCCAAGCCAAGUUAGGCUCCUAUCGUCCUUACUGAAAACCGGGUCUUGCCGUCGAGAUAACCAAAAACGAAGAAUCGAAAAUAUUUUCCAAAGCGAGAUGUCAGUUUUGAGAAAAGACUUACGUUGUAGAAGAUCUGUGGCCUGAGGGCCGAGCUUUACAAGGC